AUGAAAAUUCCAACUAAACCAACCGGAAAGCGAUUAACAACAAAUGAACAAAAGUUAUAUCAAAAUAUUAUCGAGUAUUUUGAUGAAACGCCACGAAAUGAAUGGAACAAAGAAGACUUUUCUAGCUAUGCAUUUAACAUUACAAAUAGAUUUAGUCGCAGUCAUCUUGAAUCGUUUUAUGAAUUUUACACGUCAGAAAAUUCGAAAGGAAAAAACAAAAUGGGCUCAAGUAAUUUCGAUACUGAUGAUAAUGUUUGUUCGGAUGAUAACAAUGACCAUGAUUAUUAUCCGAACAAUGAUGAUUUCAGUGAUAACGACACAAUUGAUCCUAGUGACUUAGAAACGGAAAUCCUUUCGUACGCUUCUCCAACAUCAUGUGACCCUCAUGAAAUUAAUUAUGAAGAUAUACGCAAUAAAAUUGAUGAUUAUAGGAAAAACAUUCUUAAAAAAAAGCGCCUCUAUGACCCUCUCUGGUAUUAUAUUAUUGAUCACUCAGGACAACACGUACCAACAAAAAAUCUUCUUGGUGAACUCAGGGAAAUUAUUCCAAAAGAUAUCUCCUUCGAAGUUCAAGAAACACCUGAAAAACUUUCGGAAUUGUUUGAUAAGCUUGAAACUAAUUCAAAUUUAAAUUCUGUGAUCAUCGAUAACGAAGAAGAAAACGACAUAAGAGAUUUAUGGAGAAAUAUUCGCAAACAUCUAAGCAAACCGAAACAUAGGCUCUCUGAAGCCUCGCAUAUGUAUAAAAAUGUUUUGCCACAUUUCGAAAAUAUUUUUAAUGAUGAUAACUGGCAACUUGAUUGUGGCGAUACUUCAUUAUUAAGUUCAAGCGAAAGGAGGAAUCUAGGUAGAGAUCCACAAACCCGAGCCAAAAUAGGCCAAAAGUGCGACAUGAUACUCUUCUCAAAUAGACUUGGAUGGCUUCCCGAGCUGCUUAUAGGUGAGGUAUCAGGAAGUAUCUUGCCUCAAUGCUCAUCGUGUAAGUCAUGGCAAGACAAAAUUAAACUAAUCAUAGGUUUAAGAGACGUACUAGUUCGGUUGGAAAAUGAGCUACCAGGGAUGGACCAAACAGUCUAUGGUGUACAAGUCGUUGGGUACAAAUUAAAAAUAUAUGCUAUGGUAAGCCACGGAGGCCUAUUUCAUUUAAUGUUGCUUUAUGAAUGUUAUUUACCUGCAUCAUUGGAUGAAAUGUGCAAUAUUGAGCAUGUCUGGAACGUAUUAAAAACUUUGUAUAUCAAAGUCAAAGUGUUGGAAGUUAAUUUGUUAACCUUAAAUCAAAAAAAGCAAAAAAACCAUCGAAAAAGAAAUUUAGCUAGUAUUACGAAUUCAAUUACAGGUAAUACGAAAAAUCAUCCAAGUACCAGAACUCAACCUUUAGUCAUUAAUACACCUAUAAAUAAGAGA